CUCUUUUUCCCUGUUACUCUACAGGCGCUCAUUCAUGUGUUCAUGCCCGACCGACGACAGUAUGCCCAGCUCAGACUCACGCGGCGGAGCUCGACAGACACUUCCAAAUAGAGGACAGUAGGAGUGAGACUUUGUGCUCCGGCCGCGCUCUCACCGGGACAGCAUCCGUGCGUAACCCGACAUCCAGGACCAGACACUUCUAUACCCACUUCCCAACAAGCCUCUCCAUGGGUCCAAAACCCCGCGAGGCGCCCGGGAUGGCGUGCAGCGCGUGUUACUAUCUAGUCAUCAGCUCCACGCACCUGACCAAUGGACACUUUCGACGCGUCAAGGGAGUUUUCAGAGGACCACUGUGUCCAACAGCAAGCAGUGACUCACCGGAACGUACAGACGGGGCUUUGGGUUGCUCAUUGGAGGACUUGAAGGCUCUUUUCUACUGUGAGCUGUGUGACAAGCAGUACCUCAGACACCAGGAGUUUGACAACCACAUCAACUCUUACGACCACGCACACAAACAGAGGCUGAAGGACCUCAAGCAAAGGGAGUUUGCUCGCAACGUGGCCUCAAAAUCAUGGAAGGACCAGCGCAAACAGGAGAAGGCUGUCAGGCGGCUGCACCAACUAGCACAGCUGCAACAGGAAACUCAGCGAGACUCAGUGAGGACAUACGGGCUAAGAAGUAGAGUCAGGGCUGCGUGCCAACAGCGAGAGAGAGACCACAGUCCUGAAGAAAAACCUGAACCUUUUAACCACAUCCAGCGAUCGUAUGCUACGCAAACCAGCACAGCUGGUCUCAGUAAACUACCUGAAGAUCCAUGCCGAGCUCCUUGCCAAGCAACGUUGGCUACCGCAGAGUCCACACUAAUCACACAUCCAGAAUCCAAUACAGACCCCCAUGUGGUAAUCCAGCCAUCUUGUACAGGCUCAUAUCCCCAGCUGCCUCUCCCUGAGCGGGAGAGAGUUGGUGGCAGACUUGGGGUGUCCUUCUGCUUCUCCCGCAGGGGACCCAGGCUGGAACCAUCUGCCUCUGUCUUCUCAGACCUCGAGGAGGAAGAAAGAGAAAAGAGGGAGCAAAUGAAAGAAAGGAUAAAAGAAAUAAUGGAUGAUACUGACAGGGAGAUUGGGGCCGCAGAGGAGAGGAAGCAGGGCAUGAGUGAAAGGCAUAAGUCUAACUCUGACAGUGUUGGACCAAGCGAAGCGAGGUCAAUCCCUGGAGAGACAGUGAGAGAAGAGGAGGAGAUUGCAAAAACAGACGUCGUAAAAGAACACCCUCUUAUUUCCACAGCAGCAUCCAAUAAUCACACCCACAAUUCAUUAUUCUCACCAUCACAGACCCAGGUGACCGUACGGGCCAGAGAAGUAGCAGGGGCACACAUGGAUACAGAAGAGACAGACAGUGAUACGGAGGUAAAGGCACAAACAGAAGCAAGGAGGGAGGAGAGUGAGCACAUGUCUGUGCUAGGGAAAGAUGGCUCCACCCAGCUGAGAUGGCCUGUCAGUUUACUUAAGUUCACUAAGUGUCAACCGCACAUUUCCUUCAGCUGCAACCCACUCCACUUGAAACCCCAACGACCAGAACAACUCACAGAUGAUCGGCAGGCGUUACAACAGAAUCAGCUGUGUGCUCUCGCAGAUCAAUCAAGCUCCUGCGUGUCAGUUACUCUCAUAUCAGAUGCUCACUCCAGCUCACAAAGACAGACAAGACACGAGGUGAGUGCGCCGGAACAGACAAUUGCAGAGGAGAAUUCCAAGGCAGAGCAACACAUUGAUGUGGAGACGAAAGCACACCUGUUCCACACAAAAAAAACAUCGGAAACAGGAGCUGAAAGAGAAAGAUGCAGUUUAAGUGUGGAGAACUGUGUGAGGGCAGCCUCCCAUCCAUUUGACCCUGCCAAUAGUGACAGCUCUGACACAAACUCCCAGAAUCCUCUGGGAGGAAGAUUAGGGGUUGCAAGAGGGAUAAGGGAAAGAGCCAUCACAGCCCUGAGCUGCAAAUUAGAGUCUGUCACCCAGUCUGGCACACAGGGGAUGUGCAUUAGCCCAUCCAGGUGUGAGUGUAGGAGUAAGGCAACGUCUGAGUGUGCCGGUGCUCCGGCGCUGUACGUGCGUGCCUCAGAAGUGUCACGCAAAAAGAGGAAAGCCAGCACAAAGAAAUACAACCUGGGAAAGAAGAAGCCGAGCGAAGAAGAAAAAGCUUCAAAGAAGUGCCAAUCAACAAGGUGCAAAGUGAGGAGUGUUGUCUCUACAGUCUCCACCGUCAGAGAAGGGAAGGGAAAGGCUGCAGGGAGCUGGGGGAAGAAACGGAGGCAAAAGCAACGUAGGGAAGUGAGGAUGAGGUGUGGGGUGCAGAGAGCAGGGAGCAGUUGUCUCCAGGGGAGGUGUGAGGCUAAGCCAGUAUCUGUCUCUGUCCGGAAGAAGAGGCCCCACAGGAGCCACAGCACUGACUCCCAGUCACAGCCAGAAGACUGCGGCGCUUACUCCAGACUCACCAGACACACAGCAGACAGAGACACCGAGGGGGAGGGAAAGCGAGACGGCGUUGCAGUGCCUUUUCCUCGGCGGUCUCACUUCUCCUUACACUCCUUCUCACCAGGAUGCGACUCAAAGCAGUUUUGGGAAAAGGGUCACCAUAGCAACCCCAGGAGUUUCAUUGACGGCUGUUACCGUGACAACAACUGUGGUAGCGGCCCAGCGAGAAAGAGAGAACUCCCCCACAAGGACAGGAAAUUCAUUCAUAGCAGGAGGAAGAGUUCGAGGCAUUGUGAAGUCUGGGAAGAGAGGGGCAGGAAAAUGGGAGGGAAUUCAAGCAGCAGACACAGAGACUUAAUAUCAGACACAGAGCAGUGGGAGUGGUUAACAGGAAAGUGCACAGGAGGUAAUGAGCAGGGCAGGUCAAUGACGGGGUGGAGAUCAAGAAAUAGAGCAGUAGAGAGGGAUCAGGUGGUCAGGUUUAGCCCCAGCACCAGCAGCUGGGGCAGGAGAGGCAGACAUGUUAGCACAGAGGAUGCAGACUGGGACAGGUGCAGUGUGGACAGAUGGACAUGGGGCAGCAGCGACAGCUGGGAGGACAGGGGAGCGCACAACUCCACGUUAGCCUCCAGAACAGGGGCUGACAGCAGAGACAGCCUGGGCUGUGUGUGGAGAAGCACAGGCACCAGACCCUCAAACUCCAGACACUUCUCCAGCCCUGAGUGGUGGACAAGCAGGCAGACGUACAGCCCCCAGAGUGUGAUCAACACAAGAGCAAGCAGAUGUUUUAGCCCACGCUCCUGCAGCCCCUGCAGUAGCACUAGCGUCUCCGAGCUGAGCUGGGAGUGGAGCAGGAGCAGCACCUGCUCAGAGGUUACAGUAGACGGGCUGCAGUCAUCAGAAGCGACAGGUCUCUCAUUGGAGCCCCCACAAGAGGCAAAAAGGCAGAGGAGGAGUUCCAUACCCACUACACCCGACAUUACAUCUUGUUCCUCCGCUCCCACAGUUCCAGGUCUUAAAAUGCACCAAUGUCAAACAACAAAUCCUUUUCAGCUAGAAGAGGCAAAUUCACAGUCUGAUCUCACCCCUGGAUCCGCAGCCUCUGUCACUACAGGCAGCUCAGGCAUAUCUCUUCAAGGACUAUCCCCCAGUAAGUCUUUACCACAGAAACAAGCUCGAACGUUGUUUCUGCCCCUCAUUGGAAAACUACCUGCGAUGCAGAGAAAAGCCAGAAGGAAAAAGUGGCUGCUGGAGAAGAGUCAGGACAAAGAGGGAGAAGAGGAAGAGGAAGCUAAGUGUAUUGGAGUGGGCCCAGAAGCAGUCAUUGACAGUCGGCAGCAUUCUCUGGACAUGGCUGAGUCCAAACCCAGAAGCAUGCCAAAUCUCUGCCCAUCACAGUUUAGGACUGACGACAAGCAGACAGGUGGAGAGACAGCAGCGCCAAUCAGCUUUACUGCUGAGGAGAUUGACAAAUAUCGCCUCCUGCAAGAGCAGGCAAGAGAGCACAUGCAGAAAGUUUUGGAAAAGAUGCAGGAGAGUGCAGAGGCACGCAAAGAGACAAACUACACACACACCACACAAGGAGAGAACUGUGGAACUGCAGGGGAACAAUACACACCUGUACCUGCAACCCUGCACAACCACUCACAGCCUCAAACCCAGUCAAUUCACACAGACAUGAUGCAGACACAAGCACAGCACGCCCUUCAGGACAGGCUCCCACUCCUACAUGUGCCCGCACACGAGAGCUUUACUCAGCCCAUGACUCUGGGUGUCCCUAACCUCCCCCCUCUGCCAUCCUCCCCCCUUCAUCACAUUAUUUUACAACACACAGGCCUCUCCAUGCCCCCGUCCUCCUCAUCCUCUUCCACCUCAGCCCCGUCCCCUGCCAUCCAUCCACAUCGUGCCAUCCAACCACAUCCACUUCCACCCAUCCACCCCUCCCUCUCUCAUCACCUUCACCUCUCUCCUUUCUCCAUCUCCUCCCUGUUUCCCUCCAUCCUGCUGUCCCAUCAACCCAUCACUCUCCUCCCACAGUCCGCUGCUUUCCACGCCACGCAACUGGCUCCCCUCUCCCCAGUAGCACUUCAACCCUUGAACCCUCAGCCUUUCAUGGACAGAGUCUGGCCAUUGAGGUUUCAACAGAAGGCGCUAUGAUUUUCAUAGAGCGGCUGCCAUGUUUAUUAAUCUUCCUUGGCAACACGGACUGGUGAGAGGAGGAACUUUAUACUCCAACUCUUCUGCUCAUAUGCACUCACAAAUUAAAGUUUGUUUCACUGUUUAGCCUCUGCUGUGUUGCACCAGACAGUGAGAAGAGAAGGCUUUGAUCUUUUCCUUUUCAACCAUUUCUCAUUCAGGCCCAGAAUAAAAAGGAAAAGUGCACCUGCAAUUCAAAGACAAACUGGGCUGGUGUCAUCCUCUCUGUUUCCUGCUGAACCACACACAGAUCAACUGCCUUUUGAAGUAUCAUUCAUGCAGGGAGAGGGGUGGGGGUCACAAUAAAGUGAUACUCUAUCCCUAGCUCCAUUUCAUACGGGUUAUCUUACUCUGAGUGGGACUUUCAACAAACAUAAAUAACAUUCAAGGGACUGGGGCCAGACUACAGUCAUAUUACAACCGUGUGUGUGUGCAUGUGUGUGUGUGUGUGUGUGUGUGUGUGCGAUAGAGAUAAUUAUAGAAAGACACACACAUCAUAAGAGCUCAUUUCCAUAUCUGACAUCUGUUUUGUCUCUAUAGUGUAAAUAUCCUGACAGUGAGUGAUGACACUAGAUUCACAGGAAACAAUACCAUAAAGGAUGAACUUAACCUUUAGCAGUAGAUGAAUAUUAGACACCUGGUGGCGUCAGUGACACAAGCACUCCAGAAACCUUUCAAAUUCAUCCGUGGCAAGACAUUUUUCUUUCAUGUAGCAUUUAACAAAUCAAUUGCUGGGACGGCAAUGAAUGAACCUGAGCUGUAACAUUAAACCUUGGUUGAAAAUAAUUUUGUCUCUCUGCCUGAUUCGCAAUGAUUUUACAACAUCACCCACAUACAGAAUUUAUACACUGUGGUUUAUCAUUUUCUCACAGUGAGAGUCCAGAGUCUUUAUAAGAUGACAGAGCAGUGGUUCCAAGCCUGUCAAUGUUAUGAUCCUUCAAUAUGAUGUAAUGUGUGACCCUUUGUCAAAGUGUUCAGAACUGUACGCAUUGAAGAUGUUGGAGCAUGAAAAAAAAAAAGAAUAGGGAGUAUUAUUAUUUUUUUUAAA